UUUUAAUUUGUGUCAUAAUAUGGCAAUUAAACAAAAGUUUUGAGAGAGGGAGAGAUGCAGAUUGUUGGGUAGGAGCUGGAGGGCCAAGCAGACAGAAUAAUGAAGGUGAGUGGUAGGGUGUAAAGGGUGGCAGGCAUUCUAGGUGACUGUCUUGUCUUUCUUUGCUUAGAUUGUCCUUUCUGAGCAUUGGCCAUUAAUGACCUUUGAUGCUACUAAGAGUGACAAAGUGAAGAAGAUAAACGAAUAUAUCAGAUCCAAAACCAAGGUUUCUGUGCAGGACCAGGCCCUUCUGCUAGGCCCGGAGAUCCUCAAGCCCCAGAGAACACUGUCAUCUUAUGGCAUUGACAAGGAAACAACCAUCCACCUCACCCUGAAGGUGGUGAAGCCCAGUGAUGAAGAGUUGCCCUUGUUUCUGGUGGAGGCAACCUCCGUAGGGCAAAGGCACCUCCUCCAAGUUCGAAGAUCCAGCUCAGUGGCCCAGGUGAAAGAGAUGAUUGAGAGUUUGACCAGUGUCACCCCCAAGACUCAGAUUGUGACUUGCAAUGGAAAGAGGCUGGAAGAUGGAAAGAUCAUGGCUGACUACAACAUCAGGAGGGGAAGUUUGCUCUUUCUGACAGGGUACUGCAUUGGGGGAUGACUAUGUGGAUGGGAUAAGAGGAUCAAAGCCCACUGCUUUUAGCUCUUACCAAUUACAUCCUUUGAUGAUUUCCAAAGAUUGGAGAUGAAUGGGGUGGAUUAAAAAUAUUUGU